AUGUCUACCACGCAUUCCGACGAGCACUUGAACGUUUUCUCCCAGGACUCUGCGCUUUCUCCGCUCGACCUUCCCUCUGCCAUAUCACCUUCACGGUACUCCCCGAGCACAUUCGCGGAGCAAGACGCCUGGUUCCCUGGUCAUGGUGUUGCCUCCAUUCUUCCCUCGCCACACUAUUCCCUCGCCGUCAUUGCGGAGCAGCGAAACACCACUGCCGCCGCGCAAUAUCUCGUCCCCGCUGCUAGCUGCCUCUCGACUUCGCGACAUACAUACCCCUCCAUCGCACAAACUCACCGCUCUGCCAUCUCGCCCUCUUCGUCGCACACAGUCACGACAAACUCGUGGUCACCGAUGACCUCCUGCACUCCCAACCCUCGCGUCGGCAGCUUGGACACCAGCGGCACGAGGCAGCGUAUGCGCACCGCGAACGCGUGCGAGUGGUGCAGGAAGAUGAAGAGGAAGACGCGUAGAGGGAAGCGUGGCCUCGACGGCAAGCACAGGCGCCCCGACAUCAUCGCCCCUCUUUCUUCCGGAAGAUCCGGGUCGAGGAGCAGCGACGGGAUGUCCGUAGGGAGCUCCGUAUGCAGCUCCCCGGGCGGUGGGCUCGUCUCCCUGACGCCAAGUCAGCCGCCGUCACCCGCACGCUCCUCGCAGUCGCCUGCCUCAGCGCCGCCGCCACACCCGAUCCCCGCGCGACUGGCGCACAGCUUCUACGGCGGAAACUUCUCGGAACCAGCGUACUGGGCAUCUAUGCAGCCUAGCGCGCACCCCGUCUUCAGCAGCGUCUACAGCCCCGCGUUCCAGGGGCAACUGUACCCCGGUUCGCACAUGCACCGGUUCGCGCCCGAACUCGGAGUACUCCAGCACGCGAUCCCGCACGCACCGUCACCGCUCUCAAACCUCCCGCCUCCGACGAUGGCUACCGGGCCAUGGCCGCUUGCGUCCAUCGAGGGCGCGUUGAACAACCAGUCGAGCAUAUUCGCCCACUCAUACCCGUAG